AAAAUGAAAUACCUCAACCUGAUCAGUAUUACCACUUUGGUGUUGACAGUAUGUUGUUUUAUUUGGCAGAUUGAUGCUCAUGGCAUGAUGUUGAGUCCAGUGGGUCGAUCUUCCCGUUGGCGUUACGAUUCCACGGCGCCCAAAAACUUCGAUGACAGUGGACUCUACUGCGGUGGCUUUUGGAAACAAACUGAAAACGAUGGUCAAUGUGGUCUGUGUGGUGAUGAUUAUAGUCUAAGCCAACCGAGACCUAACGAGCUCGGUGGCACUUACGGCAAGGGUGUUAUAGUCAAGACCUAUAUUGGGGUUAGAUCGAUUGAGGUCAAUGUGCUCAUUACUGCCAAUCAUCUGGGAUACUUCACAUUCGACCUAUGCAACUUGGAUGAAGCUGGCACUGAGUCGGAGGAAUGCUUCAAUAAGUAUCCUCUCAAUUUUAUCGAUGGCAACAGAAAGCUCCAUAUUGGCACCCUCACGGGCAGCACAAAUCAGACCUUGGAACUGCCCAGCGGCAUCACCUGCAAGCAUUGCGUUCUUCGUUGGACAUACACGGCUGGCAAUAACUGGGGCGUCUGCGAGGAUGGCUCUGGUGCCAUGGGCUGUGGUGCCCAAGAGAACUUUAAGAAUUGCGCUGACGUGAGCAUUUUGGACUCCGCCCGUGACAUUAUUGAAGAUUCCCUAAAGGCAGAGGUGCCUGUAGUUGUGCCUGUACCCGAUGAACCUGUCGUAUAGACGCUAAUGUUUAUUAACUUUAGGCGAACAAAUUUAGAAAGGAACUGAAAGUAUUAAAAACAUUUCUGUUUUAUGAA